UUGAGGACCGGUCCCCCCUGGGCGGGUCCCGGUCCUGCCGGGACGGGCCCAGGGCCCGGAAAUCGGGGGCUUUUUGGGGGGAGACUUUCAUUUUCCUGUGCGGCCGCGGGGAUGGUUUGAGAUUUGUGCCCGCGGUGGGUGGCCGAGGUCCCGGCCCCGAGGACCGCAUUUCCUCCGGCUGACCCCGGGGCCGAAGCCGGGACCGACCCCGGGACCGACCCCGGAGCUGACCCCGGAGCUGACCCCGGGACCGACCCCGGGACCGACCCCGGGACCGAGCCCGCCGCAGCGGGCAGAGCCGGGAGGUCCGGACGAGGACUGCGGGGUGGGAGCAGCGCAGGACGCCGCCCGGGCCAUGGCUGAGCACUUUGUGGACCGGCACCGGGGGCAGCUGAUCGGGCGGGUGACGUCGGUGAAGCCGCUGCUGGACCUUCUGCACGGCAAGGUGCUGUCGGAGGAGCAGUACCAGACGGUGCUGGCCGGGGCCACCAGCUUCGAUCAGAUGAGGAAGCUCUUCACGUACAGCCUGUCCUGGGAUCGGGACUGCAAGAACCUGCUCUACCAGGCCAUGAGGAAGAUACAUCCCCAGUUGGUGGCGGAGCUGGACGGGCAGCCGUGGGAGGGCGUGAGCCUGGCGGAGGAUUACCGGGAGAAGUACUUAAAGUACGUGAGGUGGAAGUUCCGGUACCUGGAGGAGAGGAACGCCCGUCUGGGGGAGAAGGUGGCCCUGGAAGUGCGCUACACCCCGCUGCUGCUGGUGGAGGAGCACCGCAGCCUGGCCCAGCGCCAGCACGAGCUCCUGGCCCUGGGCCGCCAGCCCACUUCCUGGGUCUCGCGCCGGGUCCACGUGGAAGCCCUCUUCGACCCGGACGCGGAGGGCCUGGAGCCCCCGCUCACGGUGGUCCUGCAGGGGUCCGCGGGCAUCGGGAAGACCGUGCUGGCCCGGAAGGUCAUGCUGGACUGGGCGGCGGGCACCCUCUACCCGGGCCGCUUCGACUUCGCCUUCUACGUCCACUGCCGGGAGUUGAACCUGGAGAGGAAGCGCAGCGCGGUCCAGCUGAUCCAGCAGUGCUGCGACGACGACGGCGUCCCGCUCUCCGAGAUCUGCCGGCGGUCGGACCGGCUCCUCUUCCUGGUGGACGGCUUCGACGAACUCGGCUGGUCCUCGGGCGGCUGGCCGGGGGCGGCGGACGACGACGACGACCUGUUCGUCGACUGGAAGGACAAGAGGCCGGUCGGGUCGCUCCUGGCCCACCUGAUCCGCAAGCGACUCUUCCCCAAGGCCUCCCUGCUCAUCACCACGCGGCCGGCCGCCGCCGAGAGCCUCCGCCCGCUCCUCAGGUGGCCCCGGCGGGCCGAGAUCCUGGGCUUCUCCGAGGCGGAGAGGGCCGAGUACUUCCACCACUACUUCCUGGAUUCCGGGCGGGCCAACCGGGCCCUGGCCUUCAUCCAGGAGAACGACGUCCUCUUCACCAUGUGCUUCGUCCCGCUGAUCUGCUGGAUCGUCUGCACCGGGCUGAGGCAGCAGAUGGACCGCAGGGAGGACCUCGCCCAGGCCUCCAAGACCACCACGGCCGUCUACCUGUCCUUCCUGUCCUCCCUCCUCAGGCCGGCCCGCCACUUGCCCUCCCGGGUCCCGCCCGCCCACCUCCGCGGCCUGUGCUCCCUGGCGGCGGACGGGAUCCUGAGCCAGAGGAUCCUGUUCCGGAAGGCCGACCUCAGGAAGCACGGCCUUCCGGAAGACGGCCUCUCCGCCUUCCUGCACGUGGACGUCUUCGAGAAGGACGUCGACUGCGAGACGCUCUUCAGCUUCGUCCACCUGACCUUCCAGGAGUUCUUCGCCGCCCUGUUCUACCUGCUGGGCCCGGACGAGACGGGGCCGGGGCCCCUCCCGGACGCGAGGACGCUCCUCCAGCACUACCGGCUGUGCGACACCGGCUUCCUGACGCUCACCGUGCGCUUCUUCUUCGGGCUCCUCAACCGCGAGCGCGUGGCCGACCUGAAGGCGACGAUGGACUGCGUGGUGCGCCCGGAGGCCCGGCGGGCCCUGGUCGAGUGGAUCGACACGUCCGCGCGGAAGGAAGCCCUGCCGGGGCCCACGCUCCAGUGGCUCUACUGCUUCUACGAGAUCCAGGAGGUGGACUUCGUGGAGCGGGCGAUGGGGAGCUUCCGGAAGAUCGACAUCGACGUCCGCACCCGGAUGGACCAGAUCGUGGUGGCCUUCUGCCUCCGGAACAGCCGGAACCUGUGCUCUAUCGAACUGAUGAGGUUUUUUAACGUUGCGGAAGCAGAUGCCGCAGCAGCGGCGGCGGAAAGAACGCCGGAGGUGGCUGCCGACCGAAGGCCACAAGACUGGCUGCAGGACACGCUCUGUGAGAGCCUCUCCGAAGCCUCCGCCAACAACCGAGGCCUGACGCACCUGGCCCUGAGGAACAAGAACCUCGGGAGGCGGGGGGCGGAGCUGCUCAGUAAGGGGCUCUCACACCCCAACUGCAAACUCAAAUCCCUGAGGUUGGUGAACUGCCUGCUCACACCGGACAGCUGCCGGGACUUCUCUUCCAUCCUCAGCACCGACCGGAACCUGUCCGAGCUGGACCUGAGUUCCAACGCCCUCAAAGACUCCGGGCUGAGCCUGCUCUGUGAGGGACUGAGGCACCCCAGCUGUAAGCUACAGACACUGUGGCUCCAGAGUUGUGCUCUUACGUCGGCCUGUGGCCCGGCUCUUUCCUCUCUGCUGACCACCAGUGCAAACUUGACCAAACUGGACUUAUUUAAUAAUGCCCUAGGAGACACGGGAGUCAGCCUGAUCUGUGAGGGGCUCAAACAUCCAAACUGCAAACUGCAGGCCCUGCUGCUGCGACACUGCGCUCUCACGCUGAACUGCUGUCCGGAUCUCUCGUCCGUCCUGAGCAUCAACCGGGACCUGUCCGAGCUGGACCUGAGUUACAACUCCCUCGAAGACGCGGGGGUCUGCCUGCUCUGCGAGGGGCUGAGACACCCCAACUGUAAACUACAGACUUUGAGGUUACAGAAGUGCAAGCUGACAUCGCGGAGUUGUUCCGAUCUGUCCCAGGCGCUGGGCAUCAACCGGGAGCUGAGAGAGCUCAUCCUGCACGACAACGUCCUGGGAGACGCCGGGAUCUCUGUGAUCUGGAAAGGGAUUCAACAGCCCAGUUGUGGUCUGAAGAUUCUCAGGUUGGGGAAGACCCACUUUAGCGAGAAAAUGGAGGAGGAGAUGAGGACCGUGCAGAAGAUGAAACCUGAGCUGAAAAUCAGGUUCCAUUGAUGGCAUCUUCCUCAGGGACGACCGAAGCUGCCUGCGUCAGAUGGCGUCAAGGCCUCGGGUUCACUGCCCCUCACCAACCCCAUCUGCCCCCACCUGCUACCGUCUGGACUGGGGCUCCCUGUUCCAACCGAGCCCCCUCCCCCGCCAGCCCCCCUCUAACGCCCUCCCCCUCUGGCCAAGCCACGGCUCUCCUCUCAUCUCUUCACGAAACCCACCUCUUCCAAGAAGCUGGCUGGGAUCACACCCGUUUGCUUUCGGUCACUUCGGUCGCUCCAAGAUCCGGGAGCCAGGACACCCGGCACUGGGUUUGAGGCCUUUAGCUCCCGGGGACGAAGAUGAAGUAACCAAGUUAUUAAUAAUAAUAAUGUCUCCCUCCUCCUAGAGCACGGAAGCCCUCUCCGUGACCCACUUUCCCCCGCUCCUCCUCCUCCUCAUCGCUGCACCUGUGCCGGCGUGUUUCGAUUAAUUAUACUUUUGGUGCGAUAGACGCAGCUCUUCUCGACGA